AUGUCGGCUGUCGGCGUAGGAUCCAGGUUCACAGAUGAGCUGAAAGCAGCAGUCGCUGACCAGUGGCAACGGCUGGUCAAUCACCAGUUUACUGUUGAGCUCGCUGACGGAACCCUCGAUCCCAAAGUCCUCUCGAAGUAUUUAAUUCAGGACCAUCGAUUCCUUGAUUCCUUUGUCGUUCUGCUUGCCUCCAUGGUAGCCAGCUGUCGAACCCUCGAAGAUCGGAUACCAGGAUGUCAGUUUCUUGCCGUGAUCACGGGAAAAGAGAACACGUACUUUGAGCGUAGCUUUGAAAAGUUGGGCGUUACCCAAGAGGAAAGACUUGUGAUCCCCAACGACGAGGUAACCUCAAAGUUUAUUGAGCUCAUGAGAUCAGUCGCAAAAGACGGAAGUCUUGGUGAAAAGCUGGCAAUACUGUGUGUUUGCGAAUGGUCCUAUUUGUCAUGGGCCGAAGUCAAGACGGUGGCAGCCACAGAUUUUCUUCAUACAGAGUGGAUUGACCUCCAUAAGGGUAGCUACUUCGCAGGCGUUGUCGAAUACUUGAGAGGCUUGCUGGACAGAGAAGCGGCUCUUGUCUCGGAAAAAGAGAGAGAAGCAUUCAAACAGCGGUUCGUAGAAGCUGUACAGCUCGAAGAGGAUUUCUUUGACAACUCUUACAAAUGA